GCUGAAGGUCAGAGGUCUGUCUGGGAUGUCAAAGGUGACGCUGGCCAACAUGAACCGUCCGGCUCCAGUAGAACUGUGCCACAAGAACAUGAGGUUCCUGAUCACACACAACCCCACAGACAGCACACUCAGCGCCUUCAUAGAGGACUUGAAGCGCUACGGCGCCACAACCGUGGUCCGGGUCUGUGACAUCACCUACGACAAAGCACCACUUGAGAAAGACGGAAUUACUGUGGUGGAUUGGCCCUUUGAUGAUGGAGCUCCACCACCCAGUAAGCUGGUCGAUGAUUGGCUGAGUCUGUUGAAGAAGAAGUUUAAGGAGGAUCCAGGAAGCUGUGUAGCUGUCCACUGUGUGGCUGGACUGGGAAGGGCUCCUGUGCUGGUCGCUUUGGCUCUGAUAGAAAGUGGGAUGAAGUAUGAAGAUGCAAUUCAACUCAUCAGACAGAAGCGUCGUGGAGCGAUCAACAGCAAACAGCUGACCUACCUGGAGAAAUAUCGGUCGAAGCAGAGACUCCGAUUCAAAGACGGCCAAGCACAAAAGAACAAGUGCUGCACUAUGUGAACACACACACAAACACACACAAACACACACACUCAGACGUAUAUAUCUCAGGAAUUAAAAACAAGCCUUAUGCCACAAACACUAAAAUACAGAAACUUCAUCAUCAGCCCUCCUGAAUCUUGGAUAUUUUGUUUUCACAGAAUUUUCAUCUCUGUUUCCUCGCUCGUAAUGAUUUCUUGUAUUUUGAUCAUGAUUAUUUGAAUGAUUAUUUUAUCGGCAUGCUUGCUUCAUUUUUUCGGUUACAGAGAUGGGAACGAUGUGUUAUAGCUGAUUGUUGUUGCUUCUUUGGAUAAUGGUGGAAAAGACAGAAUGUUGGGUGAAGAGAUUUAUGUCUUCUGAUUCAAACCUGAUACGACCUCAGUGUGUUCAAACAGGGUAUAAGAUACAUUCAUUAUUUCUGUGUCCCCUCAACAUUAUUUUAUUUCAUGAAGAUCCCUCAGUGACUUUUUUAAAACAAUUUUAGGAGACGGAAACUUUUCACACUAAAACCAUCUUAGCAGCUCGUUUUUUCCCCUAGUAAUAUUUCAGGUUGAAGCUCCAUUUCAUACUGUCCCUGUUAGUGUCUGUUCUCUUUGUACAUGGAGAUAAAAGGGCUCAACUUCAACUCAGCUUUUUGAAUUACUAUGAAAAUCAGCUUCACUGAGCAUUUGGUUUUGUCACCAUCAAUGAUAUGAUGUUCCUUCAUACAUUGUGCUCUGAUGUUUACAUACAGUAUGUGUGUAUGCAUUAUGUUUUACUUUGUUUACUGACACCGACUCCAGUUAAUAUGUUUAUUAUCUGAUUUCUAACCAGGUUUUCACUGUAUAUAAAAAAUGAAAUAAUAAAUACACAUUACACACAGUAUAUUGUGAGUGAGGGAUGUAAACUUUAUGUAAAUAAGAAAAUUGACUUAUUGUAGGUAGAGGCUUGAUGUUUCAGUGUCAGGGAAGAGCAUUACAUGGCCUAUAUUUUAAUCUAAAGCCAACUUUGGACUGAAACAUAGAGAAUUUAAGAUUCUAGUCUCAUCAAAGUGCAAAUAUUGCUGUUCAUCAUCACGUCAUUUCGUCCAGGAGACAGUUUUUGACAUAUUUGGAGGUGGAGCCUAUUUCAUUUGUAUUUUUUUUUUUUUCCUGAAUGAAUCAAUUAUUUGCUGAUGAUAGAGCAUGAACCUUUUAUUUAUCUGUAGGCUGCUUCUUAUGUUAGUUUCAUUUAUGUUGCAAAAACAUCUUUGACCUGAACUGAACAACAGUCAGAAUAAAAAUGGAAAGAGAUGCUGUUGGACUGAAAUGCAGUAUACAAGAGAGGAGUGAACACCUUUACCUGAAAGCAUUUUUAGACAAAUGGAUGAUAGUUCACUACUUGUUCAUAUGAUGUGUGUCUGCAUGUGUUUGAGCGUGUGUGUGUGUGUGUGUGUGUCAUUGGUAGAUAUUAUUGAUUAUUGGGACUGGCCUGAGUGGACACUUUUUUUUUUUUUUUUUAAACAAGCUGUAAAUGUCUGUAUGUCUGUACAUUUUUGCAUUGUUUAUUAAAGGUUUUGUCAUUGCUCUA